UCUGUGUUCACCUUCUGCCUCUAUAAAUACAAGACAAUGUGUUGAGAUACUCUGUACAUUUCAUUGUCAGUCUCCUUGAUCAUUCCUUCAAACAAACUCUGCGAUUUUCUACAUAGUUUCAAUGGCGACCACAGAGAAACCAACGAUGCUGGUAGGAAUCGACGAUAGCCACCACAGCUUGUACGCACUUGAGUGGACACUGGAUCACUUCUUCACAAAUUUUCCUUCAAAUCCUCCUUUUAAGCUUGUUGUCCUUCACGCCAAAGCUCUUCCUUCUUCUGUUGUCGGCCUCGCCGGGCCUGGAGCAGUGGAUAUUGUGCCAAUUGUGGAUGCAGAUUUGAAGAAAACUGCGGCCAGGGUUGUGGAAGCGGCCAAGCAAAUGUGCAGCAGCAAAUCGGUGCACGACGUACAAUUUGAAGUGAUGGAAGGAGAUCCUAGGAAUGUCCUCUGCGAGGCCGUAGAAAAAUACCAUGCCUCCAUGCUGGUUUUGGGUAGUCAUGGCUAUGGAGCUAUCAAAAGGGCGGUUCUGGGCAGUGUAAGUGAUUACUGUGUUCAUCAUGCACACUGCACCGUGACGAUUGUAAAGAAGCCGAAAAUCAAACACUGAGCCACUUUACCAGCUUCUAAAUUAAGAACCACCCAUAAAAUGGUUGCAAUAUUAUUACUUUAAUAAGUAUGCAACCUUCAAAAUUGAUAACAUGUAUUGUUUGAGCCCCAUAUAUAUCAUACCAUUUCUCCGAAAUGUAGUAUGUAUUAUUCAGCUUCGCUUUGUGUGAACGUUUCAAUGUUUCACUAAAUUUGAUGUACUUCCAUAAAAUUUGUAGCCAUAUGUCAAAACUAGUUCCAUGAGUUGAUUUUUUAGUUAUGUUA